UUAGGUUCGGAAAAAAUGCGAUUCUUUUGCAACUGUUUCAUGUUCCAUUUAUUCGUGAGUGACGUGAUCGGAACGCGACGCACUGGAAUUGGUGUCUUUCAUGAUGCACUUCAACCGACUGGAUGGAUGACGACCAUCUUCAACAACGCCAAAGACAUUUCGUGUCCGACGUUAUUCGAUUUCAAAAUGUUUCCGAUGACGUCUGAAGUGCUGAUGAACGUCAGCCACAUGUCCAAAGCUGAGAGCCAAUUGGAAGGCUUCAUUUUAUUCACGACUUGCUGUCAAAUGAGUGACGAUGUCGAGUUAAAUAUAAGGCCGGGAGUGCCAACGCUCCGGGUGGAGGUUUCACCGUGCCCUACACCUGCAAUACCUGGAUUGGUUGAACGCUUGGCAUUGCAUCCUUUGAAUGCAAGUUUCUUUUUAUCUGUUACUUGUUUUGCACUAUAUCUCGUUUUUAUAUUAUACGUCAAGGAAAUCGAUCGAUAUGUGUGCAGCAGUUUCGCAAUCAUCAAAUGGCUGGAACAGCUGAUUUGUUCGCUGUCGCUGGACAAUGUUACACGAAAUUUACUGUCGUUCAACGAAUUGCAUUUUAAUGCGAACCAAGAACUGAGAGAUUGCGGUUCAUUGAACGUCGGAGACGUGACAGCUAUUCGAUACGAUCAAUUGUAUGGCAAACAAUUGAGGUUAUCAUCCUUAGAACGUUUUUGGGGGACACAGCCAGCGCCGUACAUGUCCGUUGAACGUGAUUCGAAUGGCACCAUCAUCGCUUACAAGGGAUACCUAUUCGAAAUCAUUCACGCUCUCCAGCCCCUUCAUAACUUUACGUAUCAAGUUGAUUUUCCUAGCAAUGGCAAGUACGGCAAAGAGUUAGCCAAUGGGAGUUGGGAUGGAAUGAUUGGCAUGAUCCUCGACCAGAGUGCUGAUAUUGGAGUAGGAGCUUUUUCAAUCAUUCAUUCCCGAUAUCAAGUGGUUGAUUUUACCGCCGGAUUCUAUCAGGAAUCGUCCAGCAUCCUGAUCCCAUUACCGAUUGAAAACCAUCAAUUAUUAGCCUGCACAAAGCCUUUUCGCUUAGAGGUGUGGCUUACGUUGAUUUUAUUCGUCAUCGUUCUACCUGGAAUUCUGUGGCGCCAUUUCGAAUUCAAUCAUCGUCCACAUUUAGCCAAGCAAUAUUUCUUCGUUCUCGGGGUCCUCGUUGGCCAAUGUAUCCUUCGCUUUACGUUAUAUUCAAAUGGAUUAAACUUUAAGUAUUGUCUGUUUUUAUACGUAGCUGGACAGAAGUUGUCUUUGGUGGGAUUCUCUCCUCGUUUGCUCGGAGCUGUUUGGUGUUUGGCCACUGUCGUUUUCGCCAGCGCUUACGUUGGCAUUCUCAUGUCCUUUUUACGAUUCCCUAAGCUUUCGCCCGUCAUCACCAAACUGGAACAAUUGCCAGCCUCUCAUCUAAAAUGGGCCGUUUUACGUGGAACGGCCUUAGAUCAUCUCUUCACCGAAGCCACUAGUGGGGUUUACAAAACAAUCGGAGAAGAAUUGAUCCGGAAUCAGCGAGGAACUUUAAUCGACGUUCACGACGAUUUUAUCGGACGUGUCGUUCACGAAAAUUAUGCUUACAUUGGACCAAAAUCGAAUCUCGAGGCUGCCCUUUAUGAAGAUUACAUUCAAUCGGGCAUUUGUCGUCUCAGCAUUAUUAAACAAGAUUUCUUUAAAGUUAAUGUGGCAUUCGCUCUACCUAAAGGCAGCCCAUUAAAACCACUACUAGACAAAAAGAUUCUACAGAUGAUGGAAGCCGGUCUGGGAAUGUACUGGAAGAAAAUGUAUUGGCCUCCAUCGAAAGGCAAAUGUGACACCCUCCGGCCAUUGGAUUUUGGACCUAAAAGUCUCCAAUUAACUGAUUUACAAGGCACUUUCCUCAUUUUAAUUAUUGGAUAUGCGUUGGCCAUCGCCUCGUUUUUAGCCGAGCGUCAUUUGUUGGUCUAAUUACUAUACGAUUUC